ACCCUACCUACCUAGCAGCGGGAUGUGAGUACAAGAUAAACCAACCAACUAAACAUAAAAAGAGCGGUCGGUUGGGCGUUAACCCCACCCUCUCCACGGCGGACUCUUCCACGACUUUCCCUAGUCCCAACUCACACCGUCAUUCAGAUCCCAAUUUCCCUUCCUGUCGUAUAUGCUGUACCAGGUCUAGAGGUAACAGCAGCAGCAACCUAUACACGCCUUCUUAGUCCCCUUUGAAGAUGAGCUGACAUGAUUGAUAGGAGCUAUGGGUUCACCAAUCCCAGAAGAUAAGCUGCCAGAGCAGCUCUGCCUGGAUUAUUCCAUCCGUGAUAUCCAAGAAGGUCGUCUCGUUGCGGCCAAUGACCCGUGGGCUCCUUUAUAUCUCGAUGCCAUCCGCGAUGGGCGGUACGGGGAUGCGGUGUGGGCGCGAUAUCACAUCGGCGGAGAUGUGGAAAACGGCAUCGUUGGUGGCUCUGGUGGUAUGACCGUCCUCGAGGUGAUCAAGGAGAAUGCCCUGUCAUACCGAGUGUCGAACCCGGAAGAAUACUUCAAGGCCGUGGCCUUCUAUCGCGGCACGAGCAAGGACGAUGGGCGUGCCGAUGUCCUGGAUGUCAUUUGCAUUCUUGAUAAGCGUGAAAUUGCGGAAAUGGAGGUUAGGAAGAAGAAGGAGAAUCAACUGGAAGAAUAAGGCUGCUUGAUCCUGCUUUUGCGGUAUUCUUGAUGGGUUGUAUGGGUUGAGUUUUAGUAAUAUAAUGGAA